CCAAGAUGGUGGUGUUUAUCCAGGAUGGCGGUGUGUGUCCAACAUGGCGGUGUGUGUCCAAGAUGGCGGUGUGUGUCAAAGAUGGCCAUGCAUGUCCAAGAUGGCAGUGCUUGUCCAAGAUGGUGUGUGUCCAAGAUGGUGGUGCUUAUCCAAGAUGGCGGUGUGUGUCCAAGAUGGUGGUGCUUAUCCAAGAUGGCGGUGUGUGUCCAAGAUGGUGUGUCUCCAAGAUGGUGGUGUUUAUCCAGGAUGGCAGUGUGUGUCCAAGAUGGCGGUGUGUGUCCAAGAUGGCGGUGUGUGUCCAAGAUGGUGUUGUGUGUCAAAGAUGGCCGUGCAUGUCCAAGAUGGCAGUGCUUGUCCAAGAUGGUGUGUGUCCAAGAUGGUGGUGCUUAUCCAAGAUAGUGGUGUGUGUUCAUGAUGGUGUGUGUCCAAGAUGGUGGUGCUUAUCCAAGAUGGCAGUGCUUAUCCAAGAUGGCGGUGUGUGUCCAAGAUGGUGUGUCUCCAAGAUGGUGGUGCUUAUCCAAGAUGGCGGUGUGUGUCCAAGAUGGUGUGUCUCCAAGAUGGUGGUGCUUAUCCAUGAUGGCGGUGUGUGUCCAAGAUGGCGGUGUGUGUCCAAGAUGGUGGUGUGUGUCCAAGAUGGUGGUGUGUGUCCAAGAUGGUGUUGUGUGUCAAAGAUGGCCAUGCAUGUCCAAGAUGGCAGUGCUUGUCCAAGAUGGUGUGUGUCCAAGAUGGUGGUGCUUAUCCAAGAUGGCAUUAUGGGUCCAAGAUGGCAGUGUGUAUCCAAGAUGAUGGUGUGUGUCCAAGAUGGUGGUGCUUAUCGAAGAUGGCGGUGUAUUUCCAAGAUGGCGGUGUGUAUCCAAGAUAGCGGUGUGUGUCCACGAUGGCGGUGCUUGUCCAAGAUGGUGGUGCUUGUCCAAGAUGGUGUUAUGGGUCCAAGAUGGCGGUGUGUGUCCACGAUGGCGAUGCUCCUGCUCUGUGAAUCCAUCUAGUUAUAAAAGGAUGAGGGGUGGUGUGUUCUCUCCGGCCACUUUCUGCUGAGGGAGGUCGUCAUUAGGGGUCACCAAACACAGCCCUGGAGGGGAAGAGAUUGAUUUGUUCCUGGUAGCACUCUUUAUUUUGGGGCCUUCCAGGCAGCACCUGUUGAAACAUCUAGCUUUUAGUUCACAGGGCUUUAAGAACGCAGAACUUGGGUUUCAGAGGUUUUCAGUUAGGAAAAAUUGGAGAAAAAGAAAAA